GCCAGUCGACGAGAUGCUCUAUCUCAACUCGUUCCAGCACUCAAUCAAGUUUGCUUUUUUAUCAUUUACACUCAUUUUAGCACCGAGGGUAGCUGAUGCCGACUAUUUAGGGCAACCAUUCGGUGUUCUCUCCUCGCCGCAAAUAUUUUCCAAGUCUCUCCUGUGGUAUUUAUCCCAAGAACCUCCCUUAACGCAGCGAUGCCGCAAUGAGCUAACCGAUUUUGCAAACAGUCUUCGCAGGGAUCGGCAGUGGGCUUUGAACAUGUACGACGCCAAUGGUAAGCUCUCAGCUGGUCUUUUGGAAGGAAAUUUCGUCGAAAUGGGCUCGUUUGAUGAAUGCUUACGAAUCGCGCGUACCAACAACCAUGGUCUAACUGGAAAAUAUUGCCUGGGAUCGCUAUACGUUCCUAGCCGAUAUGUUAACAACGCGACGACAAGAAUAAUGCACGCCGGGGUGCAAAUUAACCAAACGGACUUCGCUGUUUGCUUUCCAAGCUCCUGUCCAGCUGCCGAUCUGCAAACCGUAAUGAAGGGAAUUGGAUUCAAUUUGACCGUAACGGAAAAUCGCUGCCAAACAAAAGCAACCCAGGACAAAACCACCGCGGGAAGCUAUGUAACGCUGACACUCGCCUGUAUUAUCCUACUUCUGAUUGUCGUCUCAACGAUUUAUGACUUCGCUUGCGAAGAAAAACCACAUUGGGCACUACACGCAUUUUCGUUGCGGGCCAAUGGAAGACAAAUUUUCGAAAACACAACCCCUAGCGAUAAUGACAUCCGCAGUUUGUAUGGCAUCAGAACUAUUGCCAUGACUAUGGUCAUCGUCACGCACAUAUUCAGCUACCGUGUUGGAGGACUAAAAAGAAACACGUAUUAUUACUCAUAUUGGAUACAUCAAGUGAAGAAUGGACCGCUAAUACCAACUGUGUAUGCAGUCGACAUUUUCUUAAUGCUCUCUGGAUGUCUUGUCUCGUUCAACUUCCUGCAGAAAUGUCUAAGAGGCCAAAGUUUCAAAAUUCUUCCCUACUACAUUGAAAGAUAUUUGAGGCUCACUCCGGCACUCCUGGCGAUAUUCCUGUUUGCAAUAACCUGGUAUGGAUGCGUUGGUUCUGGACCGCAAUGGUACCUAAUUGACCUAUCCAUUCAUCCGUGCCUAACACACUGGUGGUCAUAUCUGCUGUACAUUCAAAAUUAUUUUCCUACUUCUUUAAUGUGCGUGGGGCCUACGUGGUACCUUUCAGUUGACUUUCAACUUUACAUACUUUCACCCAUUCUCCUACUCCCUCUAAAACGCUGGCCCAAAGAAACCCUGGUGGUAACCGCUGGUUUGGCGCUAUUUUCAAUGGCGCCACAUUCACACUUUCCCUUGUACUAAACAUGUGCGCCUCAAAUGAAUGCGGAAACGAACCCAGUUUUUUCACGUACUACUAUUACUUUCUACCCACGAAGGCGUCGUCUUGGUUAAUUGGAUUUUUGUUGGGAGCGCUUAUUUUCAAGGUGAAGACGGACAAAGUUGGAAUAAUGGAGAAGAAAUCGGCGAUACCCCUACUGGUUGCCGCAGUAAUCGUCUACGUCGCGACUACCUUUGGAGAGUGCCACGUGGUUAUUUCAGAGCGUGAUAGGCUCGAGAACGCCUUCUCUUUGGCAUUGCUCCGACCGACAAUGUUACUUUCAGUUUCGUGUAUAGUUUACCUUUGCGAAAUCGGACGAGGAGGUAUCGUCACCAGUUUUUUGGCCAACCCUGUCUUCGUGGUAGUUUCAAGACUGUCGUUCUCCACCUACUUGGUGCACAGCUUCGUAGUGCUGUACAAUUUGAAUUCCAUUCGGGUUGCUCCUUACGUGAGCAACUACACGCUCUUGGUUAACGAUUUCGCCGGCAUGCUACUUCUUUCACUUCUUGUAGGUUUACUUUUAGCAUUGACGAUAGAAUUACCGGCACAGCAUUACGUCAGAGCCUUAAUGAACAUCUCUAAGAACAAAGCGAAAUGAUGGUGGCAACCUUGUGGAAUUCGGACUGAUUCUAAAGUAGUGUCAAUUGUUAAAUAAUUACUAGGAAUUUGUUACAAAAUUAUA